UUAGCCAGCACUCGUCGACAUGCAGAUUUUUUUUUGCAAAAACACCCUCCCGGUGCUCAUUAAAUGAAGAAAACGAGCCAAGCCGUCGUCUCGUUCGACUACGGCACCGGCGCGUGCUCCGAAGCCAAUCGACGAGUCCGCGCGCCCGUUGUACGAUCCGCUCCCGUUCGCCGCCGGCGACGCCGAUCCGAUGGGCGCGCAGCUGCAGGAAGAGAAGCGAGCGGCGGCUGCGGCGGCGACCACACCAUGCAACAGGACCAGAAGCUGUCGGCGGCGGUGGCGCGGGAGCUGCUUAAGGCAGAGGCGCAAGGGGAGCAGGGGGCCAAGGUGGCGUUGCAGAAGCGGAAGGCCACAGGGGGAGCUGCUGCGGCGGCACCGGAGCAGAAGCGGAAGGCCACGGGGGGAGCUGCGGCGGCAACGGAGCAGAUGAGUUCCGGCUGCGCCGGCCAUGCGCUGGAGCAGAACGAAGCAAGCGCAUUUUCAGCAUGUACUCCUCCGAUUUCAUUGACUGACAGAAAUUUCUUCUUCAAUGGUGCCGGCAGCUUGUUCGGUAGCAGCCCUUUGUCUCAACCAUGGAUGCUAUCUUCAGAACCUGCAACAUGGUUGAUGUGUUGCUCUCGAGAAGAUGGUGAACUGAAUUGAUCUAUUUUAAUGCUGUGUGAACUGAAUUGAUAUAUUAUACAUGCUUAUUUUAAGAGUCAUACAAAUUAUUUGAAUGUAGUGUGCAUUCUCUCAUGUAUGCAACAAAAUGGCUACAAAGAUCAAUUAUGCACUGGAUCAUCAUGAGUUUGUGUGUCAAUGGAUGAAUUGAUCACCCUGCAGACA